AUGGGAAAGGGAGAGCAGUGUCCCCUGCAGUCUGUUCAUGUGUAUCACAGCCAGACAGUCUAUAUAAAACUUAACCUUAACUUGAGUGAUACAUGCCUCUCUCCCCUUUUCAAGAUAAUCUUCUACGAAGGCCGCAACUUCCAGGGACGCCACUGGGAGUGCAACAGUGACUGCAUGGACACUUUCAGGCACUUCAACUGCUGUAAUUCCAUCCGUGUCAGCGGUGGUCACUGGGUGGCCUAUGAGAAGCCUUACUACAUGGGUUACCAGUACAUCCUCAGUCCUGGCGAUUACCCUGACUACCGCUGCUGGAUGGGCUUCAACAACUGCGUCCGCUCCUGCCAGAUGUUCCCCCCUGUAAGAUCCUACAAGAUGAGGAUCUACAACAGGCCCGACAUGACGGGACACACAAUGGAGUUCAUGGAUGACUGCCCCAACGUGCAUGAGCGCUUCCGCUUCCGUGACAUUUACUCCUGCAACAUCAUGGAGGGUUACUGGAUCUUCUACGAGCACCCCAACUACAGGGGACGCCAGUAUUUCUUGCGCCCUGGAGAGUACAGGGCCUGUGGUGAUUGGGGCUGCCACAACCCCAUGGUGGGCUCAUUCAGAAGGAUGAGGACAAUGAUGUAA